UAGUGGCUUGGAGAUGGCUCGGAGAUCAAUGAAAGUUGGAUAAUCACGACACGUGAUUGGGCACUAGGGCGUCGUGAAGCUAUGACGAAGUUUCGCGACUUCCAUUCACGUCAACCCGAAUUUCCACGUAAACAGUCGCGUGCUCUAUUCACGCCAUGGCGCCGUCCAGAGCAAUUCUUAUUCGCCGCAUAACCUCCGCAUGUGUACAGCCCCAGAUUCGUAUGCGCACCGGCGCGCGUCUGCUCUCGACAUCAGCAACCGCAGUCAGGCCUCAGUGCAUACGUGCGACCGCAAUACCGCGAUUCCAGACUACACAUGCUUCUACACGAGCGUACAGUGCGCAAGCAAGUGGUGCACCGGAACCACCAGACUUUCUGAAUGAGGCCGAACUACACAUCUUCAACAAGAUCAGGGGGGAGCUUGAACCUACAAAACUCGAGGUCCAAGACAUCAGCGGCGGCUGCGGCUCCAUGUACGCGAUCGAGAUCGAGUCGGCCAAGUUCAAGGGCUUAACGGUGAUCAAGCAGCACAAGCUGGUUAACCAGGUGCUGAAGGAGGAGAUCGCACAGUGGCAUGGUGUUCAGCUCCGGACAAGAGCGACAUAAGAGAAGGGCGGCAGAAUAUGUACAUUUUGUAAGAGUACUGUAUCACCUGAUGUAUACGAAGCAAUGCAAACCAUGGCACCCUGCUAAUAGACUCACUGCAGCGAAGUCUAUAGUUCGACUACCACAAGAUGGCAGGAACUAUCUCAUUCUCGUACACAAUCCAGGAGGUAGUCACGACUGCUAUUGGCAACUGAACCACAAUAUUAGUCAUGCACGUUCCCUACAAAGUUGUUGGUCUCGAGUACUUGGUUCGCCAAAUUGCUAAAACGA